CUUAUGCAAACAAUUACCUGUAUAUUCCACAAACCCUGUUGUCAAGAGCGUGUUCAUCAUCAGAUAUGACCUUGUACAUAACCAGGGAUUACUAUCAUGCCACGCCACCUGAUAAAGGACCUUCAAACUCCCAGUUAUACAGUAUAAAAGUAAAUUUGUAAUUUCUGAAGGAGGGCUGAGACAAAUAGGAAGUAAUAACGUAAUAAAAUCAUGCUGUAAACUGUAAUUCAUUAAACACAUACAUGUAUAUAAGUGCUUUCAAAAUUAUUUAAUAUAUGAGUAGAUAUAUUUAUCAGCUUUUUAUGAUUGAUUGUUUCAGAAAUGUAAAGAGGAUAAGAGAUGCACCUGAUGUCUUGAAGAGUCAUAAACCUUCUUCUUGCACAACUAGUCGCUCCAUAUAAAAGUUGGUCCCGUGUCCUCCGCACAGUUACUCUUGAUCUUCACACGGCUUACACAACAAGGAGCAAAGCCAGAAUAAGAGGACCGCGAUGGGAAAACACAACCCAGGACGUAUCGCUGCAGUACUCGUGUCUUUAGCUGCCUUUACAGUGAGCUUGGUGCUUAAUGGGCUGGCUGUAGUUGGAGUUAGUCCUUUUCACACCACCCAAGCCAAUGUCUCUGCUCUGUUUGACACCCAGCUCACGCCUUCAGGGUGGACAUUUUUCAUCUGGACCCUCAUCUACAUCUGGCUGAUCUUCAUGAUCAUCUACAUUGUUGCGGGUCUUUUCAGAAAGAAUGGAUAUGGAUAUGUUUACUGCACUCCUGCAGUACUGCCUUAUGGAUUCUUUAUUAGCUGGUGUGUCAAUAUGGGCGUCAAUAUUGGUUGGCUGCUGGUUUGGGACAGAGAACUCAUGAUUCCUGCACUGGUGUUUCUCAUCCUCAUCAUCUGCACUAACUACUCCAUGAUAUGCUUCAUCUGCCAUGGGAUUCACGUUUAUGGAGCUUGGCUCAACAAAUACCACAAAGCAGACCUGUGGCUCCUCCGGGUGUUGGUCCAGAAUGGUGUCAUGAUAUACACGACUUGGACAACUGUUGCAACCCUCCUCAACCUGACCAUUGUACUGGCUUAUGAAACGGACAUGUCCCAAGACGAUGCUGCCACACUCUCAUACUCUCUUUUGACUAUUUUGUUGCUUGGAUGGUUUGUUUUGGAGAAUCUUGUCCUCGACAAGCAUGUGCGGUACAUCUGCAUUACCUACCCCGUUGUGAUCUGGGCGCUGUCUGGAAACCUUGACAAAAACUAUGAUGCUGAAUCACCCAGUCGCAAUGGCGUCUUCAUUGCUGUGCUGCUGGCUGCAGCCUGUGUGCUGUUUGUGAUUCGGGUUAGUUUGGUGGUCUGGAGACACGUCAAACAGCCGCUCUACGAAGGUGUCGACCCUGAAACCAUGGAACCGAUGGAGAUCGCUAAGAAGCAGAAAAAGAUAUUUUGCUGAGCAGCUUUAUGAUAAAAAACAAACCUGAUUGUUAUUAUUACUGAAGGUUUUUCAUGUAUGAUGUAAUUGUUUUCCCAUCGUAUUGAUUUGUAUUGUUUUAAUGUUUACUGACGUAUUAAAAUGCACUGGAAUAUUGUGAAUAUAUUGCAUUAACGAUGUUUUGACACUGAUGUGUAAACAUGUAAACACUGAACUUUAUAAGACUAUUAUGUAUAACAAAUGAUUGAAUAUAUGUUUGUUUGUUUUGUAUUAGUGCAAACUUACACUCCAAAGCCAAAUGUAGUUGUCUUAAUAUUGACAUAUUUAUUGUGAAAUAAAACAUAGACUAUACAUGAUCACAGCUGUUUGUUCAGUGUUAACACCAGAUAAAUGUUGCUACUCCACAAUCAAGGUGUUAUAAAAUAU